CUCUGCCGCCACAGCUGCCGCUGCCGCCGCCGCCUCUGCCUCUGUCGCCGACGCCGCGUGCAACGCGACACGGAGCAGCCAUGUGCGAGGUGGGCGAGGACUAUCGGGAGCCCGCGCCCGCGGGGCAGCCGCCGCCACGGCCCGGCCGUGAGCAGAAGUGUGUGAAGUGCAAGGAAGGCCUGCCUGUCGUGGUGAUCCGAGCCGGAGAUGCUUUCUGCAGGGACUGUUUCAAGGCGUUUUACGUCCACAAGUUCAGAGCCGUGCUUGGAAAGAACCGGCUGAUCUUCCCGGGGGAGAAGGUGCUCCUGGCGUGGUCCGGGGGGCCUUCGUCCAGCUCCAUGCUCUGGCAGGUCCUUGAGGGCCUGAGUCGAGAUUCUGCCAAGAGACUGCGUUUCGUGCCUGGGGUUGUCUACGCCGACGAGGGAGCAGCCUGUGGCCAGAGCCCAGAGGACAGAGCAAAAACCCUGGCCGAGGCGAAGCUGGUCCUGCAGACCGUCGGCUUCCCGUGGCACGUCGUUGCCUUGGAAGAGGUGUUCAGCCUGCCGCCGUCUGUGCUGCGCUGCUCUGCCCGGGAGCCGGUGGGGACCGAGGGAGCCUACAAGGCGGCCGUGGACAGUUUCCUGCAGCAGCAGCAUGCCGUGGGGGAGGGGCAGCAGAGCCAGCCCUGCCCCCAGCACCCCCAGAGCUGGGCUGGGCCACCCACAGCCGGCCAGACUGAGGCUCUGUCCAGACUGUUCAACUCAGUGAAGACACUGACGGCCAAGGAGGAGCUUCUGCAGACACUGCGGACCCACUUGAUCCUGCAUGUGGCCCGGACCCACGGCUACUCCAAGGUGAUGAUGGGGGACAGCUGCACCCGCCUGGCCAUCAAGCUCAUGACCAGCCUGGCACUGGGCAGAGGGGCCUUUCUCGCCUGGGACACGGGCUUCUCAGACGAGCGACACGGCGAUGUGGUGGUGGUGCGGCCCAUGCGCGAGCACACGCUGAAGGAGGUCGCCUUCUACAACCGCCUGUUCGCCGUCCCCUCCAUCUUCACGCCGGCCGUCGACACCAAGGCCCCCGAAAAGGCCAGCAUCCACCGGCUAAUGGAGGCCUUCAUUCUCAGGUUGCAGGCCCAGUUCCCCUCCACGGUCAGCACCGUGUACAGGACGAGCGAGAAGCUGGUCAAGGCGCCCAGGGACGGCUGUGCCCCCGGCGCCCCCGGCCCCCGCUGCCUGCUGUGCCUGUGCGCGCUGGACGUCGACACGGCUGACAGUGCCACAGCUUUUGGGGCCCAGACCUCCUCGCAGCUCCCCCAGACGCAGCACCCUGUUGCAGAGGCUGAGGCGCCCACCGCAUCCUGCUGCUGCACUGGGAUGGGCGGGGCCCGGCAGUGCUGCAGGAUGGAGGAGGACCAAGGCCCCCGGGCCCGUGUGAUUGAGCAGCUGUGCUACGGCUGCCGUGUGAACAUGAAGGACUUGCCCUCCCUGGACCCCCUGCCACCCUACAUCCUGGCCGAGGCCCAGCUCCGCAGCCAGAGGGCCGAGGCUGAGCCGCAGAUCCAGGAGUAUCUACUGGAGGACCACGAGGAUGAGGCACGGCCUGGCGAGAGCUGAGCCGGAGGACCAGCGCCUGGGCCAGGAGGCCCGGGCCUCACCCUAGGCAGAGCAGGAAGGCAGGGAUGGGCGGGUGGCCUGUCAUCACCCGUUUGUAUAAAUAAAAAGGUUUUAAUUAGAAAA